CAGUACUCGUUUGAGCAGCUGUUUGGCAAUGUUACCAACAUACAAAAAAAUUGCUUGCAUCGAAUGGCGACGUAUCGUGGUGUAAAAAUUGUGAUUUGACGACGUUUACUAUUGAUUUUUCGUUAUAAUUAUGCUCAUCAAGGCUAUUGAUGUUUCUUUAUACUAAUUGUGUGUAACUCACAAGUGUAGUUUUUAAAUUAUUCUAAAUAUGUUGACAUUCGUGUGGAACUUGAUAAUUUAGUGACGCUUUGAGUGUUGUAAAAAUGGUUACCUCAAAUAAAUUACCCGAGAAGAAGUUUGUGAAAAUGGCUGGACAAAAUAGUGUUGCUGUUGUGCCACAAAGAACUUUACUUGGAGAAGUCAACGAACACAUAACGUGCCCAUUAUGUCGUGGAUAUUACAUCGAUGCUACCACGAUUGUGGAAUGUUUGCAUUCGUUUUGUCGGAGUUGUAUCAUAAAACAUUUACAAGCCAAAAGCUACUGUCCUGUAUGCGAAAUGAUGAUUAACUCUGCUAAACCCAAUAUAAAACUUGAUAAGGCACUCCAAGACAUAGUAUACAAACUAGUUCCAGGCCUUUUUCAAAAAGAAAUGGAACGGCGACAGCAAUUCUAUUCCUCAAGACCGGGUCCUGCAGCUUCAGCCACUCCUGAACAAAGAGGUGAAGACACAGAGAGAAUUAUCUUCAGUCCUGAAGAUGUGAUUUCAUUUUCUUUGGAGUAUGCAGAUUUAACUGAUGCUGAUAGUAUAUCCAGUAAAUCAUCUGACAGUAAUGAACCACAGCCUGCAUUAGGUGUUGCUAGAAGAUUCCUCCAAUGCCCAGCAGUUGUAAAUAUAAGCCACCUAAAGAAAUUUCUUAGUAUGAAAUUUGAUAUAGAUAGUACACAAUUUGCUAUUGAUAUACUUUAUAAAAGGGUACCAUUGCCUGAUUACUACACAUUAAUGGAUAUUGCUUAUAUAUAUAAUUGGAAAAGGAAUGAACCAAUGCGAUUUUUCUAUCAAAUUAUUGAUUACAUAGCCAUAAGGAAUAGAAUUUUUGAUAUAAAUAGAAAAGGUUCACAUUUCGGUGACCGAAAGUCAAGUCCAACAUCUACAGAAGACACAAAUGUCUGUAGCCCAGUGCCAAACUUGAAUGAUCAAGGGUCUGAAGGUUCAUCAGGAGCUGAAAGCCCAAUGCCUGACGAGACUACUAAACGUGUUAAUGAGGUGUUAAAAAAGGGUGACAAAAGUGUUCCAACAAAUAAAGAUUCUGUGAAAGAUGAUGUUCACACUAGCAAAAUUGCUAAUGCAUCUCCCAAGAAAUGCGAUGAAGAUGUUGAAAAGUCUCAAUUUUUAAAUUCAUUUGAAUUGACUGCCAAGAAUAAUUGUUUGCCUGUAAAAUCAUCUCCUUCAAAAUCAGAUAACACUGAGAAUAAUAGUUCUACUGAAACAGCAUCAAAAGCUCCAAUAGUUUCUCCUAGGGUUGAAGAAUCAUUAAAAAGAAAACAUCAAACAUCUUCAAAUACGCCGGAAUUCAAAAAAUUCAAACUUGAACUGGAUAAAACUAAAUCAACUGUUUCUACUAUCAACAAUGUAAAUAAUAGUUCUGUUCAAAAUACACUUCAGAAUGUAAAAACCUCAGACUUCUCACACAAAGGAAAUGAAACUGAAAGUACAACAAAAAAUAUAUCAUUGCCAUCAACCAUUGCAGCGACGUUCUCUUCAACAGUGCCCAAAGAUAAUAAGCCGCAACUGACUUCCUUGGUGAAACCAAUGACAAUGCCAGAUACUACAGGCAUUAAGCGAACAGUACCUGUAUCUCAAAACAACAUUUCUUCUCCUAAACGAAAACCUGCCACUACUGACACUCAACCAAUCACACAUCAGCUUACCAGUGUACAAAAAACAGUCUCCCCUUUGAAACUACAAGUUUCAAAAAUAGAAACUCAAACUUCUCAAACACUUAAAACAGACAUACAAAAAUUGCCUGUAAAAAAAAUUCCAGAUUUAAAGCCAAGUUCAUUGGUAACACAAUCUUCGCAAAUUAAGGGACAACCUGUAAAUAAAUUAAGAAUGGAUCUUCUGGCUAAUAACAGUGAUCCAACAAUAGAUAGGAGUAAAAUCUUAUCACAAGUAAAAACAUCAUUAGGUGGCUCAAGUGGUACUCCUAAUUCUGGAGAUCCUUUAAAAUCCAUAUUUGAUUCAUGCAAUAUUAACAUUCCGUCAUCAUUAUCAAUUACUUUAACUGAUCAAAAAUUAGAUCCUCGUAACCCUAAUGAAUUAAUAUCUACUGACCAUAAAAAGAAUCUUGUCAAUAAGAAUUUAGCAGGUGCACUUAGUGCUUCUACACAUAAAGUACCAAGUCCACCAGUUCAUAACUACAUUGAAAUAUUAAAAUUACCAGAUACAGAUCCUAAAAAAACUAAUAAAGUUGAUAGUGCUGCUGUUAGUAUAACCAGCAAACCAGAUAACAAUACUAUGCAACCAAAACCCGUUAAUAAAUCUGAAACUUCCGCCAAAGGCCCAAUUCCUAACUUAAAACCUAUUGCCGACACUAAAUUAGGUAAGCAAUCUGGAAACUUUUCAGCUCCAAUUACGUUUCAACAAACUUUUGAGCAACAAUUGCAAUCUCUGCAAACUGAUAAAAAACCUAAAUUGCCUAAAACUAAACCUCAAGUUCCUAAACUGGUCCCUGCACCAAAUGUUGUCAGUAAAUCUGUAAACCUUAACAAUAAACCUAGCACUGCUAGUGUAUCUACUGAACCUAAACCCAGUUCUGCUUUAGAUUUGUCAACUCCACAUACUUCUCAAACUCCAGUUGCACCACAACAAACAUUUGAUAAAGCUUUGGAAACAAUGCAAUCUAUAGCAAAUCUGGCUAAAAAGCAAAAUUUGCCAUCAAAAGGCUUGCCUUUAACUUCAAUGGCUCAAAGCAAUGUAUUUUCUUCUAUGCCAAAUAGACCUUUGGCGUCCACUGUGACCCCUAUUCGAGUUCCAACUGCUAAUAAUAAUCAAAUUAAAGUUGAUAAAACUAAUUCUCCCCACGCUAAUAUUACAAGACAGGAAAUUGGCAAAACCAAUCCUAUAAAGACAACAGGUAAUAAUAGUACAGUUGUAUCUUCAACGAAUUAUUCCGUCGGCAUACUUAAUACGCCAAAUACAACACAGCCUUCGCCAAGACAAACUCGCUCCCCUAGUUCAUCUCCGAAGUUAGUAAUUGCAGAGGAAAAACAAGCAACAAGUUCACUAGAACCUAUUGCCAACCAAACUAUGCCUAUGAACCCAUCUAUGCCUUCUUUGAGUUCAUCUAAAAAUGAAUCUCCUAAACCUCAAGCAGGGCCAUCUAAAUCUGGUCUUAAGCCAAUAAAACCCUUAACACCUUCAGGUAAAGUUUCCGGAAUCCGUCCUCCAAUGACUUUGACUCCCACAAUAAAUACAUCUGCUGAUUAUUUGAGACCCCAAUUAAUAUCUACACACAAUCCAAUACUGAGACAUCAAAUGGAUGAUUGGAUAAUGUCAGUACUUCAAGCCAGACUGCCAUUCAAAUCUCGUAAGAAACUGCCAGUGCUUGGCAAAAAGAAGAAAGUAGAUAUUGAGAACGAAGAUAGUUGUCCUAUUCCACCAACUAGAAGUGUUUUAAAGAGACAUUUGAAAGAAGACAAUAUCGAUGUAGCAGAUGCUUGCUCGGCAAAUAAAAUUGUAAAAAAGCACGAGAUCAACUUAAAAAAUGAAGAUGAUUUAGGAGCUGCAAAACAUACAAAUGAAGCUACGAAACCACUGACUAGCAGGGAAAAUGAAAUAGACAUUCUGAAAACUUUUUUGAUCGAACAUCUUGACAAAGAAGAGUCCUCAUCAAUAUACAUUUCGGGACAACCUGGAACUGGGAAAACGGCAAGUUUGUCGUAUAUUUUGCAAUUACCUGAGAUCGUUGAUGGAUAUGAACAAGUGUACAUUAACUGUACGAUGAUGAAAUCUGCAGCAAGCAUAUUUAAUAGAAUUUGUAAAGAUCUGAAGUUGAAAACGACUGGAGGUACGGAAAAAUCCUGCUUGACAGCAAUCGAAAAGCAUCUGAGAAAAAAACAUAAAAUGAUCCUGUUAGUGUUGGAUGAGAUCGACCAAUUGGACAGCAAGCGGCAGUCCGUUCUGUACACGAUAUUCGAAUGGCCGGCGAUCCCGGAUUCCCGUAUCGUGCUCAUAGGCGUCGCUAACGCGCUAGAUCUGACGGAGCGCACGCUGCCUCGGCUGCAGGCGCGCUGCUCGCUGCGCCCGCGCAACUUACACUUCGCGCCGUACACCAAGGAACAGAUCAUUCAGAUAUUUACUACAGUGCUGGCCAAUGAAGACAGGAGUAACGUGUUUUCACCCGUCGCUUUGCAAAUGCUAGCAGCUAAAAUCGCAGCGGUUUCCGGCGACAUGAGAAGAGCCUUAGAUAUAGGACGGCGGGUGAUAGAACUCGCGAGGCGUAAUAAAUUUAAAGAGAAUCAGUCGGUUGACACCAUGAUGAAAGAUUCCUCGGUGACGGUGGAACUAAAACAGGUGUUGGAAGUCCUCAACAAUAUUUACGGCGGCUCGAGGAAGAUCGAAAAUGACGUGGAUGAGGGCUUCCCGAUGCAACAGAAACUCAUCCUGUGCAGCCUAAUGUUGAUGCUGACGAAAGGAAAAAAUAAGGACAUCGUCAUGGGAAAACUGCACGACGUCUAUAAAAAAGUGGCAAUAAGCCGCAACAUCGCGCCGCUAGACAUGAGCGAGAUGGCGGGCGCGUGCUCUCUGCUAGAAUCGUCCGGCGCCCUGCGCGUGGGCGGCGGGGCGGCGCGCGCGCGGCGCCUGCGCCUGCAGUGGGACGAGGCGGAGCUGGCCGCCGCGCUGCGGGACAAGCCGCUGCUCGCCGCCAUCCUCGCGGGGAACGUCGGCCUCUAGCCUGUAUGUAGACUCAGGGUUACCUUUAAUCAGUGUUUUUCAACCUGUGGGUCGCCAAAAAUUUUUUCAUACUAGGGGGUCGUGUCAUGAAAAAGGUUGAAAAACACUGCCUUAAAUAAAGCCCCGCUUUAUACGCGCAUGUUUAUGGUGCCUACCCACUGCCAUUUAAGUCACGCGCGUAUAAGUAUAACUAGAUGUGCCCGUGACUUCGUACUACUGUCGCGAGCGAAAGUAUGGAAUCACUCCAUUCGUUUUGAGUAAUCUUUGUAGCUAAACGACUAUGAAGAUUAAAUUAAAAAUGGUACCAGUUUAAAGGAUACAUUGCAAACUUUAACUUGAUAUCAUAGAUGCAUAGAUAGUCAAUGAGUUCUUCAGAUCGUUGGGAACAAAACACAAGAGAGUGAUUCCAUACUUUUGCUCGUAAGUAUAGUUACAAUAGGUUGAAUAAUAUUUCCCGUUUUUGCAACAUUUUCCUUUAUUCCUGCGAGGCGGGGAACGUCGGCCUCUAGCCUGUAUGUAGACUCAGGCCCUUUUCACAUGUCCCGGUCCCGCCAGGUACCCGGUGGUGAAGUGUAUGGGCAUGGUACGUAGCUUUCACAUGUACCGGCGUAAUUAAUCCGGCAUGCCCAUACACUUCACCACCGGGUACCCGGCGCCGGUUAGCCGGCAACCGGGACAUGUGAAAAGAAGGGCCUCAGGGUUACCUUAAAUAUACAGGGUGGAAUUUUGUAAUGCCACCUGGAGGGAAAGUACUCUUAAUAUUGCAGAUAGAUAAUUUAAAUUGCGCGAAAGACACAACUGCUACUCGUCUGUCAAAUAGAACAAAAUGAUUGACUCGACUAAACGAUUUAGUAGUAUCUACUAAAUUACUCGCCACUCGAUUAUAUUACUUUACUAGUGCGAACAAGGCAUACGGUACCACAUGGGCGUUGACGUUGCGGUGUGCGCCCGUGUCGCCGCAACGCCCGUGACGCAUGUCGUUCCGAUUUAUAUGUAUAGUCUGGUCUGCGAGCACGGAGAAUUUUGUCCAAUGACCCCAAGCUACCCAUCCUUAUCGCUCGCGCGUAAUGAUUGCUGUCGCGCUCGCACACUCACUGUGGGCGCCCGUCGCACAGUCGCAACAGCAAUAUAAUUACGCGCGAGCGGUAAGGAUGGGUAGCUUGGGGUCAUUGGACAAAAUUCUACGUGCUCACAGACCGGGCUUUAGAACUAAAACGCCGCUACGGCGAUGCACCGCAACGUCAACGCCCGUGUAGCAUCUUUUUAAUAUAGACGUCAACUUGUUCAAGUGGAGAUUAAAAACAGCCCUAGAAUCAUUAGUAUUGUUUUUAAAUCUGUUGUUUUGAUUGUAAUAGUUACGAGUGAACGUUCUUAUAAUUUUUCUGUACAAAAUUAAAAUGAAAAUAUCUCAUAAUGGUUAACUUUUGCCAUUAUGAGAUAUUUUGAAGUAGCGCCAUCUAGCGGCAACGACGCAACAAACAGCUUUUUAAUAGAAAUUCGCAUUGAAGCGUGUAACCGCUACCUUGCGGUAGGUAAAUUGGAAGACUCGGAAGUUCGGAAUUGUGAUUGUUUUGUUUAUUUAUAUUGCAAUUGAAAUAGCUAAGAAGAUAUCGUUUUCUAGAUUAGAUUAAUAAGAGCAGCGUUUAGCUCUGAUUCUGAAUCGCCUUUUGCACCUCUUCCACUUGCUAUUCCAAGAACUGUACUGGAAUGUUCGUAAGAUAGGUAAAAAAAAAACAAAAACUAUUUUAGCUUUUUAUGUUAAGUUCGGCCAAGAUCAGUAGAUCACUAUUUGCCAUCGCCAUCGCGCACGAAGGCUGCACGCAUUGGUUUGGGCGAACCUUAACUAAUUUUGAUGACGCUUUGAAGCAUUAAAAUCUCAUAAUCUUGAUGCCUUCAUGCUGAUGUUCUUACACAAUAAAUUCGCAAACUUUGACUUUCACCGCAGUAAAUUGACAUUUUAUAAUUUUCACGGACACGGCCAUACAACAUUCGUGAUGGUCAUCUUGGUAAGUGUUUGUAUUUGUUAUGCAAGUACUAACCAUUUUAUUUUCUUCUAAAACUCAUUUAUUUGUCUAUUAGAAUAACUAGGUCAUGUGAGGUCAACGUCUUAUUUAAGUCUGUUCAUCUGUUGGGGAACAUUUCAGCCUGUCGAGGACAAUGAAAAUCUUUUAUAACUAGUAGCACUAGUAGGCUAAAUCGAGUGACAGAUCGGAAAAUUCCGUGAAGUGAAAUGGGGCUUUAUUUGUAUGACUAUUAUGAACGUCCUAUACUUUGCACAACCAAAGAUUUGCUGUAUGCGUGCUGUUACGGUUUUUUGAGUUAUAUUUGUAAGUUAAAAGUAAGGAUAAUAUCGAGUCCUAUUGAUAAAAUUUAUACGAAUGACAUACGAAUUAAUAAAAAUGCGAUAGUGUAACUUUUUACGCCAAAAUUUCUGAACGGAUUUAGAUAAAAUAAAUGUUUCAUAUUAUAAAUGUUUGAAUUUGAUUAACAUAACAGACUACACAGUAAAUUUUUUGACAUUGAGAUUUGAACUGCUCCUUUUAUUGGUAAAGUUACAAGUGUUUGUGGUAGUCAAAAGUUCAAAACCUCAUAACACACGACUCCGCACAUGUAUAAGCUGCUCGAAAAGAAAGCUGAUAGUGAAGUUUGUUUAUGCGGUUAAAAAAUGAUUACUAUAAAUUAGUGUCGCGUUGUUUUGGUAAACACGUCGCGCGUCGCCGUGAUUGGUUUCGUAACCUUAUCAACACAAUAAUUGGCAAGUGUGAAUGUUGUAUGUAUGACAUAAUAUACAUUUCUCAGCUUAACGUCUUUCCUGCUUUCUCCUAGCUUUUAUUUAUUUUUGGCAAUUAUGCGACAAUCGUUUGGAUUUAAAGUCAAACGGUUUAACAACUGCAAAAGACUAGAUUUACAUUAAUAGCCAUAGAAACUACAUUCACAACUAAACGAUGCGACUGUUACGUUUAUAAUGUUUUAGAGUAUUUGCGAUCCCGUGCGACUUAGAAAAAACGGAACCAUUUGAAUAAUUCACUGAAGAAUCAAGAUAUUGACGAUAUCAGGCAUUUUUAUAUGCGACUGCAGAAAAACAUUUAUUAUUUCGUUUACAUACCGCAAUGAAAAUUAAAUCUACUUAACUAUUUUUAAGUUGCUUUUUGCAUUUAUUGUUAUUUGUGCCUUAAAAAAGUACUAGUUAAAAUAUAAGUGCCUUGGUUUUGUUUGGAUACUGCUUUUUAAAUAAGUUUUUUAAGUUAUUUAUGAUGAUGACGUAACGAGUAAAUAUUCGUUACAUUUUUUUCUGAAGACUGAUAGUAGUAACUUAUGGAUUUUUCUGAAGUUCCCAUUAAUUUUAUUUUAAUAUUUCCAAUAGGUAGGCAACAUCUUUCAAAGUUUGUUUAUUUAAAGGUUUUAUUAAUAUUUAAAAUGCAUAGUACGCUUAUUGGACGUAAUUUUUGUAUAAAACUGAUUUAGAUGAUAUAAAAAAUAUUAUAUUGUACGUUUGUUUCACGUGGCAUCUCUUACGUCAUUUAUUAGUUCCACUGCAAUAAUUUAGUUAUAUUGAAUUAUUAAUGAGACAUUAAACCAAAUCUCAAGAGAUAGGCAUUAACAUAGAUAUUGACGCAGUCACUAACUGGAAUAAUUACGUGUAACAAUUUACGAGCUCUACCUCAAGGGAUUAUGUUUAAAAUUAAGUAUUACAUUCAUGUGGAUACUCUUGGUGAAUGAGGUACUUCACACUCAAUGGAUCAUGGAUCAAAGAUCAGUCAGAAUCCAGACUUUCCUUGUUGAAAUUGUAUAACGUUAUUAAUCAUGUGUCUAUCAUGUUAUUAUUGUUAAGCUACAGUGUAUGUGAAGUAUCAUGUAGUUUUUGUUGGUACAUACGAGUACACAUGUUACUGGUUAUUAUGUAAUGAUAGCUUAAAUGCAUUUGUAAAUUAAGUACACCUAUUUCAAAUGAUGUGAAUUGGUCAAUAAUUCCUAUUUGACUAUAUUUUAUAACUGUUUUGCACGACUAGUAAAUAGUAGUAAAAUUGUAAUUUUUAAGUUUUACCAUUAUAGGCUGCCUAAUUAAGUUUUUCACUCAACGGACUGUUUCUUCAUAACUGUUUUUUAAUUUAAUUAAUGAUGUACAUUACCUUAGUUUUGUGACAUUAGUCAGAAAUAAAAAUAAAAGACUA